AUGGCCUCUACAGAACCAUGCAUUCUGCCAGCAGACAUUAUGGAGUCUCAAUUGGCCACCAUUGAUCUCCUUACAGCUAUGUUCCCAGCUCCGGGGGAGCUUGAAAUCCCUGAAUCCACAACGCAGUGCGUUGAGAAAUUACGAGAGUGGUGCGAAAACCCGACAUCCACGCCCUUGAAGGUCCCUUCAAGUCUAUAUCUUCUUGUAUGUCUACCUAUUGCAGACGGAGACAGAUCCAUCCAAAUCAACGUCUCCAUUCCACUCCAUUGCGAGGACCCAGAGACGAUUGAUCAACCGCCCAUGUUGGGAUAUUCUCUUCGACAGCCGGAAUGGAUGUCUAAAGCCGAGGUGGCAGAAGUCGCUGCUUCAAUACCGGAAGGUGAUGCUCUAGAGGCAUUUGAAUACUUCCAGACCGCAACAACCCGAUUUCUUGAAAUUAAGCAGGCUCAGGCUGUCUCUUCGGAACACAAAGACUCUGGGGGCCCGAUCGUCCGAGUCUGGUUUUAUUUCCCAUCCUUAUCCACUCGCAAGAAGAGAGAUGAUAUGGUCAACCUUGCGCCGGGGUAUUCUCUCACGGGCUUCGUACUGGCUGGCAAGCCGGGCGUGUUAUGUCUUGAGGGUGCCUCCUCUGAUAUUGAUUCCUAUAUGAGCUUUAUCAAGACACAUUCUUGGGGUGAUAUUCCAAGUCAUCAGAAGAAAGUGAGUGAGAGGUUCCGUGAAACAGAAGGGAUCCAGCGCGUCUUUUCUGGGAUGGAGGAGAUCACGAACUCGUUGGGAGAACGGGGUGGACAGCGGGCCAAUCGGGGUGAUAUGCAAGCACUGGAGGCAUGGUUAGGGUCUAAGGGACUCCAGGAGGCAUUCGAAAAGGUCAUCUUUUAG